UUCUGUGACCUCCAUGUUGCAUCGGACGCAUCAUGGAUCCGUGUUAAGCACCGCAGUGCAUUGUGGGAUUUACGGAAGGAAACCAUAUUUUUCGUAUCACAUAUGUGAAAAUAUUCUGGAGGGAAAGUUGUAUUUACGAUGGUUUACGCGUUUGUGUACGUGCUCGAAUAGGAACGAACUAUAACCAGCAAAAUCUGUGUGUUUAUAAACAAAGUGCGUGAUUCUGUAGUGCCACGUAUAAGAUAGUUAGGUUAAAAAUACAAGUGAAUUCGCACAGGUGUUGAAGGGUUUCCGUGUGUUGGUGACAUUGGUGCCAAAACAACAGUGAGAAUUGUGGAGUGCUAAACUUCAGUGCUGUUGAAUUUAAAGUGUAAUGUCAAGAAGGAAAUACGUCCUAGGAAAGGAUUUAUAUGCAUCAGAAACGACAUGCAGGGCGCGGGACGGGCAGCGGCAGUGAGGCAGCGCGGCCGCGGCCAGGUGUGGCGCGGCUGUGAUGUGGCAGCGCCAUGGCGGGAAAGCCCGACCCCCAGGCCUCGCCCCAGGCGCCGCCCCCGCCGCAGCCGGCCGGCCUGCACAACGUGCUAGUCUACGUCUCCAGCGACAACUUCGCCGCCUACGCCGUCAACCACCACCACCAGCAGCCGCAGGCGCAGCCGCACCACCAGCACCACCCCCACGCGCCGCAGCCGCAGCCGCCUCCGCAGGCGCAGCACCAUCACCACAGCCAGCAGCAGCAGCAGCAGCAGCAGCAUGUGUACUGCCAGCAGAACGGGGGCGGCGCCGCCGCCGCGCAGGCCGGCUUCUGCGUGGCCGCCGCCCCCGGCAAGGGCCGCCUGCAGCACGCGCCCUUCGCGGCGCCGCCUCUGCCCCUCAACGGGCUGGUGCCGCCCCCGGCCGCCCUGUACGGCGGCGCCGCCGCUGCCGCCCCCGGGGGCGGCGGCGCCGGCAGCCCCGGGCCCGGCCCCGGAGCCGCCGCCGCGCACAACGGCUUCCCGCCCCCGCCGCAGCCGCCGCCGCCGGCGUGCGCCGCCCCCGACGGCGCGCCGCUGCCCCCCGGGCUGUGCCUGGUGGGCGGCCCGCUGCCCGCCUGCUCCUCGUCGUCGCAGCAGUUCGUGCUGGGCGGGAAGCUAGUGGCCGCCUCGCAGGCGGUGGAGGCGCCCGAGCUGGCGCUGGCGUCGCCCGCCCCCGGCGGCCCUGCUGCUGGCCAGCAGCGCGCCGCGCGCCCCGGGGGCGGAGAGGCGGACGCGGCGGCCUUCCCGGGGGGCGGCGCGCCGCGCUGCGACUCUGUGCGCUCCGAGACCAGCUGCAGCUCGCUCAGCUCCGGCUCUGCCGACUCGCAGCCUGACGGCGCCGCCCCCGUCGUGUCCAUCUCGCUGCCGCAGCCACAGCCCCAGCCGCAGGCGGCGCGGCCGCCACCGCCCCCGCACCAGCAGCAGCAGCCGCCACCACAGCAGCAGCAGCAGCAGCAGCAACUCAUCCUGGCAGUCCACCCACACCCCCACCCCCACCCUCAGCAGCAACAUCAACACCAGCAGCAGCAGGUCCAGUCCGUGGCGCCUCCACUCGGCUGGAAGAGGCUGCACAUCGGCGGCUCCAUCGUCUACGUCAGCCCGAGCAACACGGCGCUGAGCUCGCUGGAGCUGCUGAAGGACUACCUGCAGACGCAGGGCACCUGCAAGUGCGGUCUCGAGUGCCCCCUGCACUGCGAGCAGGUCUUCAACUUCGACCCCAAGGUGUCGACGCGGCCGUCGUCCCCCGAGGCGUGCGACAAGGCGGACGCGCGGUCCGCGUGCCGACACAAACGCAAGGCGCAGCAGCUGCAGCUGCAGCCGGCGGUGCCGGUGGGGGCGGCCGGCGACGCCUCCAGGAAGGCCGGUCAGUACCACCCCCAGCAGCUGGCGCUCGGCCGCGCCGCCUACGGAGCCACGCCUGCAGAUGCGAGGCGGGCGUGUGUGAACGCCCUGGCCGGCCUUCUCACGGCCCGCGGGCCCGCCGGCAAAAAGCGGCGGCAAAAACCAGCCCCACAUGUGGGCCGGCCGCUUUCUGGGGGCGCGCGCGCCCAGCCUCGCCGCAAUCGUCCCCAGUCCGAGUGCGGAGACGCCCGCGGACGCAAGAAGCGGAAGCUGGCGGCGAGCCCGUGCGUCCCGGCGGCGUCCGCGCAGCUGCCCGCGGGCGCGUCGACGUCUGCGUCAGUGGCGGCGCCCCCGUCCGUCUCGCAGCUGCUCGCCCAGCGGGAACUGGCCAAGCAGCCUCAGCCGCAGCCCCAGCCGGCGCUGCCUGCGCCCGCCUUCGACCACCAGCAGCAGCUGCAGCAGCAGCAGACACAGCAGCAGCAGGCGCAGUUCGUGCGCUACCACCACGCCGACGGCAGCACUGUCGUGGCCCAGGUGCAGCAGCAGGGGACGCCGCAACCGCAGUCGCAGGCGCAGGUGCAGCAGUACCAGCAGGAGCUGCAGCAGCAGCUGCUGAGGAUGCACAUGUUCCCAGAGCAGCCACACCCCUUCCAGCAGCACCGCCUGCCUGAGGAGCACAAGCAAAUAUUGCUGCAGCAUCAUCACCACCAGCAGCAACAUCAACAACAGCAACAGACGCCACAGCAGCAACAGGCACAGCAGCAGCAAGUGCAGCAGCAGCAGCAGCAGCAACAACAACAACAACAACAAGUGCAGCAGCAGCAGCAGCAGCAACAACAACAACAACAACAACAAGUGCAGCAACCUUCUCAGCAACAGCUGUUGCAGCAACAGCAGCCAAGUCAUCACCAACAGCAACAGCACCGUGCCCAGCCUCAGCAACAACAGCAACCGUCACAACACGUGCUACAGACUCAGCAGGCCGUGUUAACUUGCUACGAACCGUACCGGCAACCUCCCCCUCUACAGACUCAGGCCGGCAGCGGUACGGUCAUCCUCCAGCCGACGAGAGCACCCCCUUGGCAGAAGACGUCGGGAAUGCAGGCCGCCACGUACGACAGACGCGUGCCUUCGGUUCACCAGUGGACCGGAGUGGGUGCGAACGUCCCUCCUGACGACGCCUCCCCGUCCUCUCGGCGCAAAGCGUCAGCGGCGGUGCAGGCCCCACUCUCCGUCGCCGCCUCCUCGCAGGCGGGGAGGCGGCCUCUGCUCCCUCAGCAGGUGCCCGCAUUACAAGUCCAGCCCCAGUCGCAGGUGCGUGCACAGUUCCCCUCACCAGUUGGUGCACCCUCGGAUGUGAACAGGCAGUCACUUCCUGUGCCUCAGCAGCAGCAGCAGCAGCAACAACAACAACAGAUUCAACAACAGCAACACCAACAGCAGCAGUCACAAGCACAGCCACAACAGCCCCAGCUGCAACAGCAGCAGCAGCAACAACAACAACAACAACAACAACAACAGCAGCAGCAGCAGCAGCAGCAGCAGCAGCAGCUGCUGCAACAGCAACAGCAGGCCCAGCAACAGCAGGCCCAGCAACAGCAACCCCAGCAGCUGUACCUGCCGGCCCACUUUGCAGAGGAUGUGAGCGGCUACCUGUCGCAGCAGGGCCAGAACGUGGGCUUCCUGUGCCACAGCCCGGGUGCCGUCUGUUCCCAGCAGUCACAGCAGCCUCCUCAGGCCCAGCAGGUUGUGGUAGGAGUUCCACUGGCUAGCAACGUCCUCCUGCCGAAGGGCUACACCAACACCAGUUCUGGGCCACAGCUCAGCGCACCAGUCCAGGUGCAGGCGCAGGCGCAGACGGUGGCCCGGCAGUACCAGCUGCAGGUGAGCGUGGCGGCGGACUCGAGUGUGGCGGCGCCGGUGCCGGCGGUGACGGUGGCGGGCCUGCAGGAUCAGUGCCAGGGCUGCCACAGCCACGGGCACGGGCAAGGCCAGGCGGCGGCUGCCUACCAGGCGCAGGCGCAGCAGUUCCAGCUGCAGCUGGCGCCGGCACCUACGCCCGCGACCGCGGCGCACCCUGCGGACGACAGCCCGGUCACCUCCUCCACGUUCGGAGAGGGCCGCCAGCAACAGUGCCCCUCACGCUCCUCCCAGCAAUCUGUGGACAUCCGCGGUCCUAUUCAGGGUGGCACAGUGAGCACCAGCAACGGUUCACCUGUGGAAGGCGCGGCAGGCCCGUGCUACCUCGCACAGCCCGAACCUUCGCCCAACUCCGACGCCCUGCUGAUUUCAUCAUCAUCUCCUGUGACUCCGGUGCAGGCCCCUAGUCCUCCAGCCAACAGUGCCCAGUAUAGAUGGUCUUGUGGACCACGGGCGCACACUGCGACUGUGUCGGUGACGACGGCAGACACACCACACCAGCAGUCGGUGGCGUCCUCUGGGCAGGGCCACGCACAGGCCAAGUCGCCCCUGGAGAUGGUGCAGAGUGUCGUCAGCUCCAUACAGCAGCAGCAGCAGCUGACUCCGGGCCACAUCCUGGUGUCGAGCUGUGGCGGGCAGCUGUUGGUGGCCAACACUGGGGCCGUCAUGGGAAAGCCAGUUCUCACCAGCAUGUCUAGUGGUGCUGUCACUCAGAACCUGCUAGUGGUUGCCAGUGAUUCCUGCAAGAACGCCUCCUUGGCACAUUGCUAUUCACACAGCACUACUUCUUGGGAGAUUGGUACACAUGUCUCACUUCCAGAACCAGCAUUUUGA